AUGGCAAAGUGGGGAGUCGAGAUACGCCCCCAGUACUCGAGUGUGGCCUCAGCAGUGCCGGGGAAAGAGCAGCCAUCAGCUCUCUCAGCUGCGGGCAGCAUUUUGCGCAGGGCAGCCCCGGCUCCCAGUGACCUCCGGUGCUACGAGGGCGAAUUUCCGGGCGCGCUGCCCACGGGUCGCUGUGGCAGCAGGCGCUGUCCAAGCGCGCAGCGCUGCUUUGCGCGCGCGGCCCGGCCGCGGCCCCGGGGCCCGGGGCGGGCGUGUCGGGGCGGGCAGAGGCGCCGGCGCUGCCCCGGCGAGGCGGGGCCGGGCGGCAGCGGCCCGAGCGCGGCUCCGCUCGGCUCCCGUGCGGCUGCCGCGGGGCCGGGGCCGGCAGCGAUGCUGGCCGCGCCGGGGCCGCGGCUGCUGGCCUUGGCCUUGGCCUUGUGGCCGGCAGCAGUCACUGGCCAGGUGUCCUUGGAUCAGCUCCCCAGGGAACAGACCGUGCAAGAGGGAAAUGCAGUCACUUUUGAGUGCAGCAUGAAUGAAGAUGAUAUGAGCAGCUACUACAUGUACUGGUACCGUCAGGGCCCAGCUGGAUCUCUGGAAUGGAUUUACAAGGAGGGUGAUGAGUAUGGAGAAGGUUUGCAAGAUCGCUUUAAGGGAAGAGUGGAGAGCUCCGAGAACUUAUUUUCGCUGCAGCUCCUGGCAGCAGAGCCAGAAGAUGCAGCCACAUAUUACUGUGGAGCAGAACCACCCUGGAGCAGCCCUGCUGCAGAGCGAACCAAAAACCAGCAGAUGGGGAAGACAGAUCACUCAGCAUUUCCUACUGGCAGCUGCUCCCCAGGGCUCUUCUCAGGCAAUGGCAGGUGCAGGAAACAUCCCUCUGGCUUGGUGGCACUAAAAGGCACUGCAGGGAGGGCUGCUAGAAGGGCUGGUACCAUUGAUGGUGCAGGAGGAUCUGUCCUGGGAACUGCACAGGCUGCAGUUUGGGCAAGUGCAGGUUUAGUGCAGGUUGCCUGGGCUCCUGUCCAGCAUGGCCUCAUUUCUCCUUGGUGCCUUGAUAAGCUCAUAUUUGGACCAGGGACGACUCUCACAGUUGUACCAAACAUUUCUAAAACUUCUGACCCUCAAGUCAUUGUGAUGAAAUCAAAGAAACUGGAAGGAGAUGGCAGCACUGGGAAAGCAGCUUGUUUGGCAAGGAACUCCCCUACAAAGAACAUCAGCUUGGAGAUGCCCUCUCAGGAGGUCGUCUAUGAACAGGGCACAUCCAUUUUGACAUCAGAGGGGUUGUACAAUGCAAUUAAAGUGGUCAGGCUGACAAAAGACAUGGAGGUGACCUGCAUGGCCAAAUUCGACAACCGCGCCAUAACAGCACAGCCAGAAGAGGAGCCUGAAGAACCAGUAACAGGGUUUGGGGAACCAAACAGAACCAGGACAGUGUCAGAGGCCAGUGACAGGGUUUGCAACAGCACAGCCCCCUCAGCACAAGACCCUGAAGAGCAGAGAGUGAACAUGCUGUCCAUGGCUGUGCUGGGUUUGAGAGUCCUGCUGGCAAAGAGCAUCGCCUUCAACGCCCUCAUGAGUAUCAAGUUGUUUCUUUCCUGAGACAUGGGGAAUGAAGGCAGGAAGAACCCGAAGAAGAGCAGGAAAGAAAGUGAACCAGCAGAACAAGGGGGUGGAACAAGCAGGGGCAGAGCUGCUGGCAGACACCACCCAGGACACAAGACAGCACCUUCCCCUGAAGACACUGAACACUGUUCACUCCUGCCUGGCCAGCUGAUUUACACUGAAGAGUUUCAAGUGCUUUUGCUCUUUCCUCUCCUCUGACAACUGAGGAGAGUGGAUUUCUCCUCAUCCUCCUGCUAAGCAGAUCUCCCCACUCUUCUGGCAUUUGCACACAAGUGUCCAACCUGCUUCAACAGCUUUGGAAACUCCAGUGCUCACUCUAGAUAGAUGGCCUUUUAAAAGCACCUUUCCCAGGCAUGCUGUGUUUCUGCCUGUGGAACUGGAGAAGAACUGCUGGGGCAAUUCAAGCCCAGUAGCUGCCAUUUGUGGCUUUGGAUUUAGACAGAUUUAAUGAAUGUGUAUUGCAGAUAAGAAGAGCUCUGUAGAAUCUGGAGUGAUUUCAUUCAACCAGAUAUUGUUAAUUUCUUUAUUAAGCCUGUAUUUCUUCUGCCAAAUGUAUUGCAUGUGAAUUUUAGGUUCCUGUAGUAGGCAAAAAUAAAG